AUGGUCCUGAGACGCCGAAGUGCAGGAGGGCUCCCACCAGGACCCUUUUCGAUCUCAUCUGCCCGAUGUUCUCCUUUUGAUCGCUACCGGCCCCCAGGCACGGACCAGGGUCGCCGGCCGCCCAUCCGUCCCCGACCUGUGACCUGCUCUCGACCCGCCGGGCCCAGGCGGGACUUACGUGGUGGCCGAAGGGAAGGGCCCUUCCGCGGAGAGGUUGAUCACCAAAGACUGGCAAAGUGUCAGGCUGAAGAAGAACCACCAGCUCGCAGCCAUCUUCCUGAUCGAAGAGCGGUGCCCCCACCCCCACCCGGGGCCACAAGUGAUGGGGGAAAGGACGGGGCAGGGAGGAGAAAGUUGACCCGGCGGGGCGAGAAAGACAAGCGGCGGAGAGCAAGCCCGGCCGGGGAAGGCGAGCCGAGGAGACGCCGCGAGCCGCGCUCCCGGUCUCUCCGCGAAGCUCUCGGCAGCUGGCAAAAGCAGGCGGCGGGGCGGCUGGGAGAAGAGGCGAAAGCGAGCAAGGGCUGUGGGCGGAGGGGGGGAAGGGGAGCGGAACCGAGCGAGCGGAUCAGCUGCUCCGACAGCGGCUGCACCGGCUCUUCAUGGGAUCCGCCGCCAUCAGGGCGACUUGGGGAACGGAGCAGGCUGGCUCGGGCAACAGGAGAGACCCUCCAAACCGAGGAUGCCAGGCCUGCUGACCUGGCCAGCUCCUGGCCACCAACUCUGUCCCUCUCCUUGGACAGGAGUGGGGUGCCGGGCAAUUCCUUAUUUGAAGGCAUGCUCUAUUACAAGAGGAAGCAACGUGUGAACCCAGGAUACAUGCAACUUUGGGGCCCUUUAUCACAGCUUUUGGAGCUUCACGGCAUCAAAUUUUGGCAGUGUGUUUGUCAGAAGUUAGAACUAUCCAACGGAGCCUUUCUCAUUUCUUAAGAGAACCUGAUGGC